AUGGAAAGAAAAGGUGUGACUAUUAUGAGUGAUGGCUGGAGUGAUCCUACAAGAAAACCUCUAAUCAAUUUCAUGGCUACCUCAGGUAAUGGUCCUUUGUUUCUAAAGGCAGUGAAUUGUUUUAGGGAAGUGAAAAAUAGUUUUUUUAUUGCUGAAUUGAUGAAAGAAGUCAUUAAUGAAAUUGGUCAUGAAAAUGUUGUGCAAAUCAUUACUGACAAUGCAGCAAAUUGUAAGGCGGCUGGAGAGAUUAUAAAGAGUCAGUUUCCUCACAUCUAUUGGACACCAUGUGUUGUUCAUAUGCUUAAUCUUGCUUUGAAUAAUAUUUGUUCACCAGGGAAUGUGGAAACAAAUGAACUAACAUAUGACCAGUGUCGCUGGAUAAAAGAAGUUCACGAAGAGGCAUUUGCAAUAAAAAAUUUCAUCAUGAACCACAACAUGAGACUCUCAAUUUUCACCAAGUUUACUCCUCUUAGGCUGCUUUCUGUUGCUAACACUCGCUUUGCCUCCAUCAUUAUGAUGCUUAAGAGAUUGAAACAAAUCAAAAGGGGUCUUCAGGCUAUGGUCAUAAGAGAAGAAUGGUCUUCUUAUAGAUUAGACGACACUGAGAAAGCAAACUCUGUGAAAGAAUAUAUUUUGAAUGAUGAUUGGUGGGACAAAGUAGCAUAUAUUCUUAGUUUCAUUGGACCUAUAUAUGAGAUGAUUAGAGCUUGUGACACCGACAAGCCAUGUUUACACUUGGUGUAUCAGAUUGAUGCAUGGUUAAUGGAGGAUUCUACAAGAUGUGCUCCACAUAAGGAUGGAGAAAUUUCACAAGAAAGGAUGAAAUGUUUUCGAAGGUUUUUUCCUAAUGAUGACGAGUAUAGCAGAGUCCUUGAUGAGUAUGCAAUGUUUUCAAUGAAGAGUGGUCCUUUUGAAGAUUUAACAAGCAUUUCAAAGAUGGCUACUAUGGAACCUAAGAAUUGGUGGGUUAACUUUGGUGCUCAAACUCCUUUUCUCCAGACUUUGGCUUUUAGAUUACUUGGACAACCUAGUUUUUCUUCUUGUGCUGAGUGUAAUUGGAGUACUUAUGCAUUUAUUCACUCGCUUAAAAGGAACAAGUUGACUACAAUUCGUGCUCAAGACUUGGUUUACAUCCACAAUAAUCUCCGAAUUUUGUCAAGGACUCUGAAAGAUGAUGUAAAGAUGUGGGAUGUGGGUGGAGAUGCUUUUGAUUCAAUGGAAGAUGUCGGGUUUUUGGAGGUUGCAGAUCUCUCAGUAGAUGAACCGGAUUUUGAAAAUGAUUUGACUAUUGAUAAUUAG